AUGGCACCUUUCCGGAUGAUCUUCUGGAUCCUGUUAGGAGUGCAUUUCUGUAUCUCACUGAAUUGCAUCGAAUGUAGCGGCCAAAGGACGCCGAAAUUCCCUGCUAUUUUGGUGUUUGGUGACUCUGCUUUUGAUACAGGCAACAACAAUUACAUAACAACUGUAUUCAAAGCGAAUUACUUUCCGUAUGGCCUGAAUUACCCGGGCCGUGUUUCCACUGGAAGGUAUUCAGAUGGAAAACUCAUUCCUGACUUGUUAGCUUCCUCAUUCGGCAUCAAAGAAGCUGUUCCUCCUUUCCUGCAGCCCAACCUAUCAGAUCAGGAGCUCCUCACGGGCGUCUGUUUCGCAUCAGCUGGAUCAGGUUUGGAUGAUCAGACUACAGUGCUGUCCAACUCCAUCCCAAUGUCCAAGCAACCUGACUUGUUUCGGAAGUAUUUGGACAGGCUUAAUGAGAUUGUUAAACCGGAGGAGGCUCAGAGAAUAGUUCGGGAGGCUUUGGUGGUUAUCCAUGCCGGAACUGUUGAUUUCAUGUACAAUUUCUAUAUCCUGCGGAGCUUUAGAAUGGUUCAAUUCAGCCUGAGAAAUAUGCAGGAAAUAUAUGAUCUUGGAUGCCGACAUAUAGUGGUCUGUGGACUUCCUCCCAUGGGAUGCAUGCCACUGUUAAAAAGUGCCCAAUUUCAUCCGUUUUCAAGAACAUGUUUGGAAAAUGUAAAUUCAGUUGCGCAAUCUUACAAUGGGAAGCUCAAAAAUUUGCUGCAAGAAGCACAUUCAGAGCUUCCAGGAAGCAAGAUUCUUUAUGCAGAUACUUACAAUCCCUUACUACACAUGAUCCAAAACCCAACAAGAUACGGGUUCAAGGAAACUGCAAGAGGAUGCUGUGGAACUGGAACUUUUGAAGGAAACCAAUUGUGUAACAUCUUUACUCCGAUCUGUUCCAACCCAUCACAGCAUAUAUGGUGGGAUAGUAUGCAUCCAACUGAAGCUGUCUACAGACAUCUUAAUCACCAAUUUAUACCCCCACUUCAUAUGUUGAUCUCAGCAUCAGAAUGA